GACGCCUAGUCUCUUUCCCUCACACUGUGCGUCCUUGUGACCCUGAUGGCAACAGCCGCCUCCUUGUUCGUUGUGUUGUCAAACAACGGCGAAUCCGUCGGCAUUUUCGUCUUCUUUGUGCUUCGCUCAAGGAGAUCCUGUUCUUCACUGUUUCUCUGCGUAGAGAGAAUUUUCUCACCCAUUAUUUAAUAUACCAAAUUUUACUGUUAUUGUAAGUUAGAAUAUUAUUAGAUUCCUUUUUUAACUGUCCUGUACAUUGCCCAAAAAAAAAGAAGUUAAAUGUAAACUAUUAACAUGAACCACAAUACCCCUCUCUGUGGCUGCCCAUGUCCAACUUCAUCUUCUAUAUAUACACAAACAUUCAGACACAUCUGUUUUCUACAGUUUCUUCUACCUCCACCUUCUCGGGAAGAUGAAAAGAAGAGAAGUGAUUCCUGUUCUCAAAGUAGUAAGACAUGAAAAUCUACUCUUUCUGAAUGUCUAAUCACCUCUUAUGAAAUUUUCAGAAGGCCAUCAUCAGAUUAAAGUUACAUAAUCAGAAGGAGAGAGCCAAGGCCCUUAGAAUUGCUUUUAGCAUGGCAGGGGUGGAAUCUGUUAGCUUGGAGCAAGAUAAGUUAGUGGCAAUCGGGAAUUUUGAUAUUAUUGGGCUUGCGUGUGAGUUGAGGAGACGUUUGUCAUUUGCAGAAACAGUCUCAAUAGAAGAAAUUAAGCGUGCAGGGGUGAAUAAAACAGGUGAUGAAAAGCCAAAGCAGAAAGGAAUUGGCACGGAUACCACAUUACCAAUUGGGUGGUUGAGUUCUGAGGAAAAUGAAAACAAGAAAAGUCAUUCCUGUUCUCCAAGUAGGCCUCCUACGCCAUCAUCCACAUCUUCUGGAAAAUCCUCUUAUCCUCUGUCAACAUCUGAAUCCCAGGUUUCUGGAAUGAAGUUAAAGAGGAUGGCCAUCUUCAGUUUAAAGUUACAUAAUCAGAAGGCGAUAGCCAAGGCCCUUGUAAUUGCUACUUGCGUGGCAGGGGUGGUAUCUGUUGGCUUGGAGGAAGAUAAGCUAGUGGCAAUUGGGGAUUUUGAUCUUUUUGCUCUUGCGAAGCAGUUGAGAAAAGGUUUGUCAUUUGCAGACCUACUCUCAAUAGAAGAAAUUAAGCGUGCAGGGGUAAAUAAAACAGGUGAUGAAAAGCAAAAGCAGAAACGAAUUGGCACGGAUACCACAUUACCUAUGGGGUGGUUGAGUUCUGAGGAAGAUGAAAACAAGAAAAGUCAUUCCUGUUCUCCAAGUAGGCCUCCUAUGCCAUCAUCCACAUCUUCUGGAAAAUCUUCUUAUAUCCUCUGUCAACAUCUGAAUCCCAGGCUUCUGUAGAAUCUUCUUCUCAUUUGUCAUCAUCAGAAUCCCAGGUUUCUGGAAUGAAGUUAAAAGAGGAAGGCCAUCAUCAGAUUAAAGUUACAUAAUCAGAAGGAGAGAGCCUAGGCCCUUAAAAUUGCUUCUGGCGUGAUGGGGGUGGAAUCUGUUUGCUUGGAGCAAGAUAAGCUAGUGGCAAUCGGGCAUUUUGAUAUUAUUGAUCUUGCGAAGCAGUUGACGAUAGGUUCGUCAUUUGCAGGAAUAGUCUCAGUAGAACAAAUUAAGCGUGCAGGGGUGAAUAAAACAGGUGUUGAAAAGCAAAAGCAGAGAGGAAUGGUCAUGCAUGAAAUCUUCCGGUCUUUAAAGUUUGAGAAUAAAGAUUUUUUGAUUUAGUUGCAGCAGUGCGUUGGAGAUUCCUAGGAACAAUUUAAUAGUUAAGUGCUCAAUGACUUCAUCAACAAAGGUUCACCUAAAAUUACUCUUGGAAGAGGAAAUCGGAUCCUGAUCUGAGAACAUCAAGCAUUCCUAUUUUGGUAUCUGAGUGAACCCACUGAUGUCAAGGAGAUCUUAAUAAAUGUUCUUAAUGUUGGUGAACUACGUGACCUCUUGCAUAUGAUUAAUAAGGUCUGUCAUAUUCAUGGACAUAUAAACAUAUAUACCACUGUACCAGGUUGGCCUUUUUUGUCCCGGAGUAAAAGAAUCUGGUUUCUGGAAAUCCGAUGGCAAUGCGGUGCAGAUGCUCAAAUCUCUUGGGACCUGGUUGUUUCCAUUGUUGCAACAAGGAAAAUUUUCAGAGCAAGAGAACUCAUUUUAUUUCUAAAUUCAAAGUGAUUAUCUAUUUUUCUUGAGGUCCCUAAAAGGCUUAAAACACUAAGAUAUUAAGCUGUGGUCAAGAUCGCCUCCACUUAGGUUUAAACCUACCCCUUCCAUAGAGGAGUGCAACUGGGUGCCACUAGACCACAAGGUCUUAGCAGGUUGAAUUUGGUCUUUGGUCUACUGAUCAAUUUCUCAUUCAUCUAUUAGGUAAAGAGUUUGAGUCCUAGAAAUAACCCUUCUGAAAGGAUAGUUAAGGUUGAAUACAUCUUUAGUAUUAAGUUCGAAGAAAAUAUACUUCAAGUUCAAUGUAUGAUACACAAUGAAAACAACAUUAAGGGUGUGUUUGGAAAGAAGGAAAAUAACUUCUGGAAAA